UCUCCCCACUCGGCGGCCACAGCCAGUAUCCCCCACUGUGACGGGUUAGAGGUAUGAUGAUGGGGGAGCGGCGGAAGAGGCUUGUGUUUCAUAAGAGACAAGAGCACAACUCGUAGAUCAGAGUGUGAGUGAUUCAGAUUGUGUACGUUUGUGCUGAGAGAUACAACGCUCAACAAAUGGAAGACAGAAGCCAGAGGAUGACAUUCAGCCUGGUAUUAGCCGCUUUUCUCUGCUUCACCACAUGGAUGACAACGGUCUGUGCAACCAAUGUAGGGGUGUCCAGCUGUUGUCUCCAUCUGUCCAACACCCAAGUCCGAUUGAAACGAAUUGUGAAUUACACCAUUCAGACUGUCAGCCCCUGUCCAAUCAAAGCUAUAGUGUUUGAGACAAAGAAUGGAACCAAAAUUUGCUCUGACCCUAAAAAUAAAUGGGCAAUAAGAGCCAUGCAGAAGGUGGACAAGGAGAGAGAGAAAACAGCAUUGCAAGAGAAGGGACAGACUGAGGAGGGCUCGACAAGUGACAUCACACCAGCAGUGGCCAGUGCAUCAAAAAGCGCACCACAGCAGAACCGCAGAAAUGGAAGAGGACGCCAGAGGAAGAGGUCCAGGAAAGGGAGGAAGAAGUCCAGGAAAGGGAGGAAGGGGCAGAGAAAUCCUAUGUGAGGAAUCACAAGACAAAUCCACAGUCAGUCACCACAGUCAGCAAACUUGACUCCUCCCAGUUGGCUUUUAUAUAUUAUUGUAUCUGUGUUGACAUUAUAUGUCAAUUGUACCUCAUUGUCAUAAAUGUGUCCUUUUCCUGUCAGUUGCCAAUAAAGUUUUUUGAGCAGA